ACCGCCCUGCGCGGCCCCGGUUUGCCUCCCCAGGGCGCCAUCCGUUGCGCCCCGCUCUCUGCUCCCCGGCACUCUCGGGGGGUCCGCCCGCCCUGCACCCUGGAGCACCGGGCCGCGAGCCUCUGCCAACUCCUCUGGAUCUUCGCGGCCGUGGGCAGCGGCUGCAGGGCCUGUCCGCCCGAGGGAGGACCCACACUUCUGCGUUUGCCCUGCCACUCUGGCUCUGCUGCCCACCCUUUGGGUAACACGGGCCUCCCGGGAACAUGGCAGACGAAGACCUCAUAUUCCGCCUGGAAGGUGUUGACGGCGGCCAGACCCCCCGGGCUGGUCAUGACGGUGACUCUGAGGCUGACAGCGAUGAUGAGGAAGGUUACUUCAUCUGCCCCAUCACCGAUGACCCCAGGUCUCACCAGAAUGGCAAUUUCAAGGUUAAUAACUACUCCAGCAACCUAACGAAGAGUGAACAGUAUGGCUCCAGCGGGUCCCCCGCAAGCUCCUUCCAUUUUAAGGAAGCUUGGAAGCAUGCAAUCGAGAAGGCCAAACACAUGCCCGACCCCUGGGCUGAGUUCCACCUGGAGGAUAUUGCCACGGAAUGUGCCACGCGUCACAGGUACAAUGCUGUCACUGGGGAGUGGUUACAAGAUGAGGUUCUGAUCAAGAUGGCGUCUCAGCCCUUCGGCCGUGGAGCGAUGCGGGAGUGCUUCAGAACGAAGAAGCUCUCCAACUUCCUGCACACUCAGCAGUGGAAGGGGGCCUCCAACUAUGUAGCCAAGCGCUAUAUCGAGUCUGUGGACAGGGACGUGUACUUUGAGGAUGUGCGUCUACAGAUGGAGGCCAAGCUCUGGGGAGAGGAGUAUAAUCGGCACAAGCCCCCCAAACAGGUGGACAUCAUGCAGAUGUGCGUGGUGGAGCUGAGGGACAGACCCGGCAAGCCUCUCUUCCACCUGGAGCACUAUAUCGAGGGCAAGUACAUCAAGUACAACUCCAACUCGGGCUUCGUCCGCGAUGACAACAUGCGCCUGACACCACAGGCCUUCAGCCACUUCACAUUUGAGCGUUCUGGGCAUCAGCUGAUUGUGGUAGACAUCCAGGGUGUGGGCGACCUCUACACAGACCCGCAGAUCCACACCGAGAAGGGCACUGACUUUGGAGAUGGCAACCUAGGUGUCCGGGGGAUGGCGCUCUUCUUCUACUCUCAUGCCUGCAACCGGAUUUGCAAGAGCAUGGGCCUCGCUCCCUUUGACCUCUCGCCAAGAGAGAGGGACGCCGUGAACCAGAACACCAAGCUGCUGCAAUCGGCCAAGACCAUCUUGAGGGGGACAGAGGAAAAGUGUGGGAGCCCCCGAGUAAGGACCCUCUCUGGGAGUCGCCCCCCACUGCUCCUUCGCCUUUCAGAGAACUCUGGAGAUGAGAACAUGAGCGACGUGACCUUUGACUCUCUCCCUUCUUCCCCGUCUUCGGCCACACCACACAGCCAGAAACUGGACCACCUCCAUUGGCCUGUGUUCAGUGACCUUGACAACAUGGCACCCCGAGACCACGACCAUCUGGACAACUACCGGGACUCUGAAAACAGUGGAGACAGUGGCUACCCCAGUGAGAAGCGGUGUGAACUGGAUGAUCCAGAGCCCCGCGAACAUGGCCACUCAAACGGUAACCGGAGGUACGAGUCAGACGAAGACAGCCUGGGCAGCUCCGGACGGGUCUGCGUGGACAAGUGGAAUCUCCUUAACCCCUCCCGCCUCCACCUGCCGAGGCCUUCCGCCGUGGCCCUGGAAGUGCAGAGGCUUAAUGGUCUGGACCUUGAGAAGAAAAUCGGGAAGUCCAUUCUGGGGAAGGUGCAUCUGGCCAUGGCGCGCUACCAUGAGGGCGGGCGCUUCUGCGAGAAGGACGAGGAGUGGGACCGCGACUCAGCCAUCUUCCACCUGGAGCAUGCAGCCGACCUGGGCGAGCUGGAGGCCAUUGUGGGUCUGGGGCUCAUGUGCUGCCAGCUGCCCCACCACAUCCUGGCUGAUGUCUCUCUGAAGGAUACAGAAGAGAAUAAAACCAAAGGAUUCGAAUACUUACUGAAGGCGGCUGAAGCUGGCGACAGACAGUCCAUGAUCCUGGUGGCUCGGGCUUUUGACACGGGCCAGAACCUCAGCCCAGACAGGUGCCAGGACUGGCCGGAGGCUCUGCACUGGUACAACACUGCCCUGGAGAUGACGGACUGUGAUGAGGGCGGUGAGUACGACGGGAUGCAGGAUGAGCCUCGGUACACGCUGCUGGCCAGGGAGGCGGAGAUGCUGUUCACUGGCGGCUGCGGGCUCGAGAAGGACCCACAGAGAUCAGGCGACUUGUACACGCAGGCAGCCGAGGCAGCGAUGGAAGCCAUGAAGGGCCGGCUGGCCAACCAGUACUACCAGAAGGCGGAGGAGGCCUGGGCGCAGAUGGAGGAGUAGCUUGCCAGGAAAAUCCCGGCCGGCCAGUCCCAAGCAGAAGCGCUAAGACAGGA